AUGGACUCCUCAAACUCAUACAUGUUGUCACCACAGGCCACCAGAAGCCAGACCAGCAGUCCGGUUGUGGGAGGCAUGACUGAAGGAAAGACUCAGAACGGGACAUCACUAUGGAACGCUUCGGUCCGGGCGCAAACCGGGAGUGACGAGUUCGAGCACUAUGCCUUCCACAGCACCGCAGGCUCCUCCUCAGCAGCACCUACAAAUGGGCACGGGGGACUUACACAACAGUGUCUGUCUAGCCAGUCAUCGCCCCGCAGCUGGAGUUCACCAGACCAUCACUUUCGUCCGGUUUCUGCCUCAGGUUCUGGCUCGGGCUCUUCUUGGGGUUCCUACCCGGCGGAGCAGUCAUACCCCGGGGCCGCUGGCAGGCAGAACACCCCACAGGUUCCAUCCAAGACCCUGUCGAGAGAGAACUUGUUCCAGAGCAACGAUUACCACAACGCCUCGACAGCAACUUCAUAUCCUUCCACCGGUUCCUUCUUCCCCAGUCACCACUACCCCACCCAUAACAGCAUCUCCUCGCUUUCCCAAGAAUCCAACUACCCCCCUUCUCCCUGCAGUUCCAUUCCCAACAACUUCAAGCUCGACUGCGACUCAGACAUGUUGAGCACCGCCCCCGCCUCCGAGGCCGGCGAUGACUUCCUAGUCAGCAGCCAAUAUCCUUCGUGCAAUCUGCUUAGUGACAGCAGCAUGAGUAGCAUGAGCAGCAGCGUGUCCAGCCCAGUUUCUCCCUCGACUGGCCUUGACAGCACCCCGACUACUACCCUCCCCGGCAACAGCAAAGCCGAGCUGCCCUAUGCGCAGCUUAUUUACAAGGCGUUCAUGAGCACCCCCAACAAGGCCAUGACGCUGCAGGACAUCUACCAGUGGUUCCGCGAGAACACCGAGAAGGGCAAGAGUGAUACGAAAGGGUGGCAGAACAGUAUUCGUCACAAUUUGUCCAUGAAUCAUGCGUUCACCAAACGAGAGCGCAAGCCCGAAGGCAGCACCAACACCAACGACGAAGACAACGCUGCCUCCACAGACUCCAACAACAGUGAUAGCAAGAAAUCCACGGAAUGGUACCUCGAGCCUUGGGCAGUCAAAGGCGGCGUCCAGUCCACCACACGCUACCGUAAGGGCAACCACGCUUCGCGACGGGCUGCGGCGGCCUCGGCCUGCAACGCCUCCCGCCGCCACAUGAAGGACGGCAAGUACGACUUGUACAGCACCGGCAUGUCCACUCGCUCUUCCUCCUCUCUUGCCAACCGCAACAAGAUCUCCAAGUCCGGCAACCGCGCUACACUUCGUGGCAACGGAACGGCCCCUGCGGGGUUGCAGAUGCACUACUAUGGCCACCACAUCCCUCACCAACAUCACUACGGAGUCAGCAUGGUUACUUCCGCCCCUGAGCAGCACUACAACCCGUAUAUGUCUCCCGUCUCAGCAAGGCCGGCGGUGACGCAUGGUCUGCCAGAAAUGAUGUCUGCUACCUCUGCUCCUUCCUGCGCCGCUGACUUUUACGAGUCCUACACUGAUCCUGCCAUUCUCGCUUCUUCGCUUGAGCAACAGCAACAGCAACAGCAAGCUCAAGCUCAAAGGGAGGCGUCGGAGCCAAUGUCAGUGAUGAACGAGCCUAUCACCCCCGAGGCCAGCUUCGGCAGCCCUCCUCUCAUGGCGACGAAUCCCACGAGCAGCAGCGCGAGUUACUACCCCAGCCCUGAGGAUCAUACCAUGAACUUUGCAAGUGCUCAUCACCACGCCGGCUAUCAUCAGCCUCAAGUCUACCAGGACGAGCCCCGGUAUGGCCAUCACAACGGCUGGGAACAUGCCCAGAGCGUGGCAGUUCCUGCUACGGGGAUGAUGUAUGGGCACUACGCAUAG